GCGGCGUAAAGUGCCGACGUGGUGACAUUACGCACACGGACGCGGUCCCGGUCCCGGUCUUACCUGCGAGGUGUCGGCGCUCCUUGUCCACGCGGACUCUCUGAAGACUUUGCUGAAGACACGCGCGUGGAGCUGCGGAAUCUCGUUGGAAAGAAGAUUAGAUGAUUGAGAGCGAGAAGAGAUGUGAUUGUUACCGCCCUCGGACCCCCGGACACUCCCUGCGAUGUCCCAAUGACCUCUGACCCUCGCACCAUGGACGCCCGUCUGCACGGCCUCCCUAAGCUCCAGCACGGGGUCAACAGUGGUGGCGGUCAAAGCCCCCGACCAGGCGAAGACGAUCCUCUGCACUACCUGAGCCGAGAGGAGCAGGAGUGCCUAAAGUUCUUCGAGAAGACCAUUGACUCGUUGGAUGAGAGCCUGGGGCCGGUUGACGGACCCCAGACCGCUAAUCCCUCCCUCUCAGCCAGACGUCCAGGACCCAAAGACCAGGACAUCAUUUACCUGGUCCGCCCAGAACCAGACCUGGUGCAAAACAAAGCGCCGGCCUUCAAUCCCAACAGCCCAGAUUUUAAGAGUAUGAUGCAGAACCCAGAGAGCCACGUCGAGAUGAGGCCGAGGCGUGAAGCGCUGGACGGCCUGCCUUCGGAGUACAACCCUCCUCUCCCAAGUGGCAGCUAUGGGCCGACAGACCAGCACUCCUCGUACCAUCCUCCGGGCAGCAUCCCCACCCCGGUGCUCAUCGCACAGCAGAUGGCCGAUAACAGGGGAGGUGGAGCCUCCAACUUGCAACCCUCCUCCUUCCUCCGUAGUCACAAUCAGGACCACGACAAGCCACAGAGCCCUGUGGGCGAUCCUCACGCCAAAUAUGGUCCUCCUACCUCUGCUAAGGCAUCCCGCUUCCCCACUAACAUUAGCGUGACUCCCCACGGCAACAAGGAGAGCCAGAACCAGUCGCUGGGUAACGUGAAACUCCAAGAGAGGCGGUCGCAGAUGCUGGCUAACCUGUCUGGAACGCCGAACGCUCUACUGCAGGAAGACCCUCAGCUGGCCCUGGAUCCGUCGCCUCGGAAUGCUCCCGCCCGCAGCUUCUCCUUCAAGGACUCCUCGCCGGACCAGUCCAGGAACCGAGCCAUAUCGGGAACGCCGAGUGCUCUGCUGCAGGAAGACCCUCAGCUGGCUCUGGAGCCGUCAGCUCGGAAUGCUCCCACCCGCAGCAUCUCCUUCAAGGACCCCUCGCCGGACCAGUCCAGGAUGGAGGCCCUAUCCAAGUUGGGCCUGAACAGGAACCGAGCUGGUGGCCGGACGUCCUUGCGCGACGUCCCCGACGGCACUCCUCAGAGUCCUCCGAUGGACAAGGGAACCAGCAGCAAACCGCCGGAGGCCAGCAAACCGCCGGAGGCCAGCAAACUACCAGAGGCCGGCGCUCCCCAGACGCCAGACCUUAAAGUGCCAAAAAAAAACGUUGCGAUGCCGCAGCAGAGUCUGAUUCAGACUGAAACGAAAACAGAGAUUCAGCGGUCGGAUUCUCUGAGGAGGUUUGACGAGAGAAGGCAUCUGCUGAGCCUCUCGUCUCUGUCGGUCGCCCAGAGCACCGCCUAUCUGCCGCCUCCUUUGGACGACAUGGCGUCUUUCCCUCCUCCGCCCGAAGUCACCUCACACGAGUUAAACAGCUACGGGGUGCGGUCCAUCAACGUGAACCCCUCCGUCUCCACCAGGAGGGAACUCGCAGCGCCGCCUAGCCACGGACCCAAAGUCCUCCCGACCGGGCUGUCCAACCCCAGCGAGUUCAACUCCUACGGCGGGAAGACCAAGGUCAUGAACCCCGCCCCCGUAGUCGGGACCAGGAGCAACCUCCCCGACCUCCUCGGCCCUCACGUUGACCGCAGUCAGACCUUACCCACCAGAUCCGAGCCGCCGCAGCCCACCGAGCUCAACAGCUUCGGCGGAAAGAGCCGAACCUUUAACCCCGCAGGCGGGCUGGACCGCCCUACGGACAGACCGGCGAGGAGCUCCAGAGCUCCGCCGCCUACCCCGGCCCCGAGACCCGGCCGCCACUCCUACCACGGCGGCGGCAUCGUCCCUCCUCACAAACCGGUGCCGCGAGCAUCGUCCCCGGAACACCGCCGGAAGUCCGCCUCCACGUUCCGCCCCCAGGGCAUCACAGUGCAGUUCUCCGGGAAGGGGGCGACUGACGAGUCGCGCAGGGAGGCGCUGAGGAAACUGGGGCUGCUCAAAGAGCCUUGAGGAAACUGUGGAGAGAAGCCGGUUGUGGCUUCCUGCAGAGGUUGCUCCUGGAAAGAUGAACUUAUUUAAAUCACAAAACGUUUGACUCCAAUGAGGCUGAUUGUGAAAAGCCAUUGCCUGAAAAGUUCUUCUCGAAAAAAGGGUUGGAAAUAUUUUUUAUUUGAUGUCAACAAAUCCCGAUGAAAAGAGAUCAAAACCAAUAAUGUGGGCAGAAAUCCUUUCAACUCCCGGAAGGUUGAUUUGGCAAAAAUUGCAGUUUUACGCUGCAGGAUACUCAAUAGUAGCUAAUUAUGCACUCGAUAAAAAAUUGUUAAAUUAUACAUUAUUCUAUCAGCACAUUUUAUUUGAAAUAUUUUUAAUAUAUUAUACUCAAACAGAUGUUUCUGUAUCCAGUUUAAGUCAUAUUUGUUUUAUGGUAUCAAUUAAAGCAGCUCACAGCACAGUGAAAUUAAUGUUCGAACACAUGCUGUGAAAAUACUAUGGAGCCUUUGGCGGGUGAGGGGGGGGGGGGUUGUUUACAAAGUUAAAAUCAUCAAUGUCCUUAAUCUCCCCAUCGAUGCCCUUAACCUCCCCAUCGGUGUCCAACCUCCCCAUCGAUGUUCCACCUCCCUC